CGUAGUGUAUUUGGGUGUUGAUGACACAAAUGAUUUACCUGAGGGUAUAGAGGUCGAUGCCUUUCAGUAUCCAGGUUUUGAUAAUAAGCCAGGUGAUGACAUCAUGCUACUGAAGCUGAAAACCCCAGUAACUCUGAGCGAGACAGUGAAGACCAUUGCCCUGCCAGAAGCUAGAGCAAAAAGCUCAAGUAACUGCAUGGUCAUGGGUUGGGGCUGGGAGAAAUACGAGCACGCGUCUCCAUCAAGAGUCCUGAGAGAAGUAAACUCGACUCUUUUAGACUCUGAAAAUUGUGCCAUACCUCACACUUUAUGCACUGAGGGAGCAGCUGGACCAUCACAGGGGGACGAUGGGGGUCCACUUAUUUGUGGAGAUGUCGCACAGGGCAUCAUGUCUUACUUCACACAGGUGGAGUCUACAACCUACCUUAGCGUGUAUACUCAAAUAUCUUCCUACCUUACAUGGAUUCAUAAAAUCAUGAAAACACCUCUUUAAAGCAUCACAAACAAAGUCAUGUUUGAAAUUUAAGCAUGUGUGUGAUUUAAGAAAGUUCAUUGAAUGUACUUGCUUGAAAUAAAGGCAAAUUCUUAUCACAUUCUAAGUGUUUUAAAUUAUUACUUUCUGCAACUACAUAAUUGUUUUGUAUUACAUGUUCACUGCAGACACCUUGGUGUGAAAAUUUAUACCACUGAAUUAAGUAACUAAACAGCAAAGAAAAUAGGCUGAUGUGCCAUGAUUUGUUAAAAACAAAACCAUGGGUUAUUUUACAAGGCUGAGCAAUCACAGUUAGCCGUAAAAAUACAUUUAGUUUGAUCUAAUAGAAUUUGAUUGAUUUAAUACAAAGAGCAAGUUUAACACAAAAGUCCCACUUAGAAACAU